AUGACCAUGAAUUUAGAGGAUGAUUUCAGGACCACUCACGAGGAACAGGUUUUAAUAAAGUUGCCCGAAGGCGAGAGGGAUCUAAUGACAGGAGCCACACAAAUGCUGGAGAAACGCAGAGAGAUUAUUGAGGUUGAUAAACAGCUCGAGGCACACAGAGAGGACUCCGAGCUGAAGAGGAAGAGUUUGCGACAGCGCAGAGAUGAAGUGCUUAAGAGGGAAGACAAACUGAAGGAGUCGCUCUUAAACUUUGACAAAUUUCUCAAGGAGAAUGAGGCUAAGCGAAGUAGAGGAGCAAGGAAGGCAGAGAAUGAGAGGCGAGUUGCGCUUCAAAAGGAGGCAGAGAUAGAGAGACUAAAGGCGGAGAUUGCUGCAUUGGAGGAGAAGAAGCAGAAGCUACAGCGCCGAGUGGAAAGGAACUCACUGUACUGGAACUUCCUAAAACAGGUCCUCAAAACAGCAAAGUUUGAGGAGGUGUGGGAGCUGCUGGGUCGUGUUGAGACUCUCCUCAUCAACAGAGAGCAGCUCCAGCAGAGGGCGAGUGAGAUCCAGGAGCAGACGGACAGUCAGAGAGGAGCCCUGCAGACAUACAUGGACCAGCAGAGCUGCGUGCUGCUGCAGAAGAACAACCUGCUGUCCCAGCUACAGACACAGCUGGACCAGACAUGCUCAGAAGUUCUCAGAUGGGAAAGCAAGUGGGCCCACAUCCAGAGCACCGCAGCAAAGGAGACACUCCUCCUGGGCCAAAUCAAGAUGGUGACUCUUAACCUCUACCAAAUGACAGACGGGGAGAUAGAGGGAGAGGAGGGUGUGACUGUUGAUGACACAGAGACACAGCUGGACAAGAUCCAGAUUUUCAUCCAGAACCACACUGAUGUAAUGAAUGACAUCAAACCCCCGCCCUCGGAAACAUCACUGGACUGAAUACAACAGCUUGACAAGACCAGGAAGCAACGGCACUUCCAUAAAGGAGACUGUAGGGAAUAUACACAACAUAUGUAGCGAAUAUUUUUUAAAUUGAGUUAUUCAACCAUUAUAUUAGAUUGCUGCGACUGUACAAAGUCAAAAGCAGGUUG